AUGUCUUCAAAGCCCGUGUCGACCGAUCAGUCCCGGAAAUGGAGCGCCUCCACGUCCUUCAAUUUGACCGUUCUCAUCUCCGGCUCCGGUACGAACCUCCAGGCGCUCAUUGACGCUUGUGGGCAAGCUCCUUCCUCGAAAGAUCGAUCAACUUCCCACCGAGUCCUCCCAAACGCUCGCAUCGGCCACGUCAUAUCAAAUCGUAAAGAAGCCAAAGGGUUGGUUCGUGCCCAAGACGCGGGCAUAUUCACCACGUACCACAAUCUGGUGCAGUACAAGAAGAAAUUCCCGGAUACAGAGGCCGGUAUAACAGCCGCGCGGAAGCAAUAUGAUGCAGACUUGGCUCAGAAGAUUCUCACGCAUAUUCCGUGCCCGGAUCUGGUCGUCUGUGCAGGCUGGAUGCAUAUUUUAUCCCCAGGCUUCGUCAACGCCCUAGCCUCGGCCAACGUGCCCAUCAUCAACCUGCACCCAGCAUUACCGGGACAAUUUGAUGGCGCAAACGCCAUAGGUCGAGCAUACGAGGCAUUUCAAAGGGGCGAGAUUUCGAAGACAGGAGUCAUGGUCCAUUAUGUGAUCGACCAAGUCGACCGAGGAGCGCCCAUCCUGGUCAGGGAAGUUGAAAUCAAGUCGGGAGAAACCCGAGAGGAACUCGAGGAGAGAAUCCACGAAACAGAGUGGGCCCUGAUCGUCGAAGCUACCGGCAAGGUACUAGCGGACCUUGAGGAGAAGCGGAGACGUGAAAGCUAUUGA